AACUGCCCCACCACGGUUCUCUCGAUUGCAGUCGCGACCGCCACACACAAUUCUUGACACACGCCCAACUACACAAACUUGCUACGCGAGCCAAACAGCGCCUUCGGAAUAGCACGCCGCCCUCACAAAGGCUUUCGCAACCUGCCCCAUAGGUUAAAGAGUCGUCUUUUCCUGCCCAAGCUCAAGACUAAGCUCAAGCGCCCAAAGUCGAACCCCACACAGUCGCCCAAGAUGGACGACGAGAACGUUCUCAACUUCUGCGGCAUCACUUCGUGCGACCCAGACAAGGCCGCCCAGUAUCUGCGCCUGACAGAUGGCAACUUGGAGCAGGCCAUCCAGCUCUUCUUCGACUCCCCUGGGCUCGCCGAUGCUCCUUCUGCUCCCGCACAGCCCUCAGCUGCCGCUUCCUCCGCACAGAAUCCCAUCAAUGUCGACUCAGACGAUGACAUGGACUUCGACCCUGCGCCACAAGGCACGACGCCACCCGCACGAGCACAGCCAGGCGUGGAAGAUGACGAAGCCAUGGCACGGAGGUUACAAGAAGAGAUGUACGGCGGUGGCGCGCCUGGAGGAGCUGGCUCUGAUGAGGUCCGCGCGCCCAUAGAGCGGAGAAUGGAAACACUCGUUGGGCCAGGCUCGAACUGGGGGCCUGCUGAGGACGAGGAGGAUCUCGAUGCCAUGGUCCAGGAGCAGCUGGCUCGUCGGCGGACAGGCCGCGCAGGUAUCUUCAACCAGCACACCACCCACACCAAUGUCUGGGACAACGCGACCGAUUCGAGCACUCGGCGACGCGAGCUUGCGACCGCGACGGGCGGUGCUUCCGAGCAGUCUUCUAAGAUGAACAUGCUCGCAGAGCUAUUCCGCCCACCAUUCGAGAUUAUGUACCAAGGAUCGUGGGAAAAGGCGCGAGACAUGGGCAAGGAUGAGGAGAAGUGGCUACUCGUCAACAUCCAAGAUCCUGCAAUCUUUGAUUGCCAGCGCCUUAACAGGGACAUCUGGAAGAACGAAGACAUCAAAGCGACUGUGCGAGAGAACUUCAUCUUUAUGCAAUACGCAAAGGACGACCAGCGUGGACAGCAGUACAUGAACUACUACUUCCACGCCCGCGACAGCUCCGACGCCUACCCUCACAUCGCCAUCGUCGAUCCCCGAACGGGUGAGCAAGUCAAGGUCUGGUCCGGCCCACCGAUACCCGAGCCAGUUGAGUUCCAUGCUCAGCUCCACGAGUUCCUUGAUCGCUACAGCCUCAACGUCAACGCGAAGAACCCCGUAGCUAAGCGCAAGUCUGAGUCUAAGAAGAAGGACGUAGGCCGCAUGACUGAGGAGGAGAUGCUAGAGAUGGCACUACAAAACAGCAUGGACAACGGCAAGGGGCCAAAGGAUGAUGACCCAGAUGCUCUCACCAAAUCUACGGACAACAUCAAGGGCAAGGGCAAGGCCGAAGAAGCCGCCCCGGAGCCCGAAGCCGAGCCCGAGGCAGCUCCUUCAAAUCCUGUCUUCGCCGCUAUCUCUUCACAUGCUCCCCACACCGAGCCGACCGUUACCGACCCCAAAGUUACGACCCGCAUCCAAUUCCGAGGACCGUCAGGACGCCCAAUCGUGCGCCGCUUCAAUCUGUCGGAUCCUGUUCGCCGUGUCUACGAGUGGAUCAAGUCCGACGUACCCUGGGAAGGCAAACAAGGAGCUGAGUUCGAUCUGGCUUUCAUGGGCAAGAACCUUCUCGACCACGUCGACGACACGAUUGAAGUCGCUGGACUCAAGGGUGCAAGUGUGAUGGUAGAGUUCUUGGACAAUGAGUAGUCCAGACAACCCAACGGCUGCGCUGCAUGGCAUGACGGUGCUACGUCCAUCUUAUAGGCGUACAAGAGACACGAGUAACGAAUAUGUAUUUAGAUGCUUCCACGCAUCACCGCUUGGACGACAUACCUGGGGUCUUUAGAUCUUCUUACAUUGCCGCCACCGAC